AUGGCUGGGCUCGGCCUCUGGACCAGCAUCAAGUCGCUGCUGCGGAAGAACGAGGACCCGUUGUUCCUGAACGACUCCAGUGCCUUUGACUUCUCGGACGAGGUGGGGGACGAGGACUUCCCCCGGUUUAAUAAGCUGCGAGUCGUGGUGUCGGACGACGCCUCGGAGUCGGCCCCGGAGACGCCGGUGAACGGGGCGCCCCCGGGCCUGCCCUCCGACGACGACUCCCUGCUGGAUCGGGACAUCGCGCUGCGCAGCGCCCGGGCCGGCCGGCCGGACCCCUGCAGCGGCUGCAGCAGCCGGCGGGAGCGCUCCAAGCAGAGGAAGGUGAAGCAGCGGCUGACACUCGCUGCCCUCCUCUACCUCCUCUUCAUGACCGGAGAGCUCAUAGGUGGAUAUGUUGCUAACAGUCUAGCAAUUAUGACAGAUGCACUUCAUAUGUUAACUGACCUCAGUGGUAUUAUUUUGACCCUGCUUGCUCUCUGGCUGUCUGCAAAAUCUCCCACAAAGAGGUUCACUUUUGGAUUUCAUCGCUUAGAAGUAUUGUCAGCCAUCAUUAGUGUAUUGCUGGUCUAUAUCCUUAUGGCAUUCCUCUUGUAUGAAGCUGUUCAGAGAACUAUCCAUAUGGACUAUGAGAUAAAUGGCGAUAUCAUGCUGAUUACAGCAGCCGUUGGUGUUGCAGUUAACUUAAUAAUGGGUUUUUUGCUGAAUCAGUCUGGCCACCUUCACUCCCACUCCCAUUCCCACCCUCACUCCCACGUUCCUCAGUCGAACCCUCCUAACGCAGCGCAGAGCGGGGGCCACGGCCACAGCAGCCUUGCCGUGAGAGCCGCCUUCGUCCACGCCCUCGGGGACCUGGUACAGAGUAUCGGGGUGCUCGUAGCUGCGUACAUCAUACGCUUUAAGCCAGAGUACAAGAUUGCUGAUCCUAUAUGUACAUAUGUAUUUUCCAUACUGGUGGUUUUGACAACGGUUCGAAUUCUGUGUGACACAGGAGUUAUUAUUAUGGAAGGAGUUCCAAAGCAUUUAAAUGUGGAUCGCAUUAAGGAAGACUUGAUGAAAAUUGAAGACGUUUAUUCUAUAGAAGAUUUAAAUGUUUGGUCUCUCACUGCAGGAAAAACAACUGCCAUAGUCCACUUGCAACUAGUUCCUGGGAGUUCAUCUAAAUGGGAGGAAGUUCAGGCCAAGGCCCGACACCUGCUGCUGAACACGUUUGGAAUGUACAAGUGCUCUGUGCAGCUUCAGACCUACAGACAGGAAAGGAGCAAAACCUGCGCAAGUUGUCAGAGUUCCAGUGCCUAAUUUCAUAUGUUUUGGGAACUGCUGCCUUAUUCUUUAUCUCGUAGUCAAAGACUGAGAGCAAUAAACGCAAAAUGAAAACGAUCAAGUAGAAACCAUUAAUAUGUGGAUUUGUACCAUGUAACAUGCAGCAGGGAGAACUGGUGCUGCAAGAAGUGCAGUGGUUGCCCUACAGAACAUAUAUUUCACUCUCUCCCUUGUACUGGUUUAUUCAAUUUAGUAUGAUUUUAAGACAAAACUGUUUUCAGAUUGUUUACAAACUGCAACACGGCUCUGCAGAUACCUCACAAAUUACAGCCCAAUAUUGUCCUUUAAUAACUAUGUACCACAAACUACCUGUACUGCAAAUGGAGCAUCAAGAAUUCAGUAUUUCAAUUGAAGUCUCUAAUACUGAUCGUACCAGGGUUCCAUAAUAUGUCAUGAUCCCUGAACUCAGUAUACAGUAUUUUUGCAAUAGUAAUUUUCAUACAGUAUCUUAAACUAUAACGCAUACAGUGGUCAUUGAAUUAUUUUGAAAACUGUCUCUUUGGAGGCACUGCAGAAUACACAAUUUAUUGUACCUAAACCAGAAAGUUAGCUUUAAUCUGGGCAUUCAGAGAUCCAGACAGGACGCUGCUUGCCCAGACUUCUGGUAUUUAACUAGAGACCCAACGCUGGACCGACCUGAAGUGUUUUAAGUGAUCGGUUAUCUUUAAUGUAUUUUAGAAUAGGGUUUAUACAUUAGAAACAGGUUAUUUAUUUUACAAAGUUUUGACUUGUAAGAUGAAUUUUUAAUAAUAAUCUUGAAUGUCUAAACCAACAUUUGAUUCACAUUAAAAGGCCAGUUGAUUAGCAUGCAUUCUAGUUAAUAAGUGUCCUGUAAUUGAUCAUUUUCCAUUAUUGUUUUGUUUUAAAAGAAAAAUCAAGUGACAGGAGCUAUGCUUGAUGUGGAGAUACUCUCAAACACUAUCUACAGCCAUGCAAAAUACAUGCAUCUUCUUACAGGAAAGCAGGGAGAAGAAGUUUUAGACACAUUCUAUUAAUUCAGUCACAGGUCUCUCACUUUUUAGUUUCUGCUCUGAGCACAGUAUGGCACAGGAAUGCCACUGCAAUAGCAGCCCCUCAAUACUUUAUGAAUAAAACAAAAUCCAAGCAAUCCCAGCUACCUAGUGGUGUUGGACAAUUAUAUCAUAACAAGCUACAGAGGCAGAAAUGCCUUUUCUUAUGUACAGAGGGACGAGGCAAUUUAAAAAGCAUUUACUCAUUCUCAGAGCCCACAAAACUGACUUGCUUAACCUCAUGGUGGAAUCACUGUACCUUGAAUGUACACAGGAUAAUAAAACCUGGCACUAAGCUAUCACACACCUUCAAGCUCAGCUUUACACCUGCUUCUGAAGUCAUUUCCAUUGAAGAAGCUGAGGGCAACAAAAAUAUGAGGUGCAAAGUUCAUAAGAUGGUAAGAAUGUGGCUUUGAAUAUUUUUCUUAUUCUGGACUUGGAUCUUCAUGCAGAAGAUUCAGCUGGACAGGGUGCUGGCCCAUCUUGUCUAGACCGGGCUUUUGCCAAGAAAGGUUGGAUCAGGUGAUCCCUGAGGUCCCUUCCAACCUGGUAUCCUCUGAUUCUAUGAUAGGAACUUUUACCGACAUCAAAAGUAGUUCUGUAUGCGGAUCAGAAAGGAAAAUUUUUGCAAAGUAAUGGAUAUUGUGAUAUUCAGCUGUGAAUAGUUAAGCUAUUGUCUGUUUGAAACUGCUAGGGUUUCACAUAUACACCAGGCUGAUUUAUACAUGCAAUUGGUGGUAACAAUCUUGGCUGCUUUUCUCCCCUUUGUUUUUUUUGACGCAGGGGUCACAAAAUGAAUGUUUAGAGGUGAGAACUGACAGCACAGUAUUAAUUUGGACAAAGCGCACACAACACCUGGUUAUGGUUGUAUCUGUUCUGGCAAGAGAUGGGAACGCUUGGGAGCACACACAGCUCAGAGGCGCAGUAGCACUGUACUUGCAAAGUUAAUGAAUGCCUCGAUGCAAACACUAUCAUUAAGCCAUAUCUCAGUUAAUGAAAAACAUGCAUCCCAUCCAUACAAACUUACUGGAAAAGAAAUACCACAAACAACAGGUAUUUUGCACAUACUAAUAUUCAAAGAGGUUUUAAUUAAAUUUGGGUUUACAGUUUCUGUAAUUAGAAGUUAAAGUACAGUAGACAUGUAUUGUAUUUGGAGCUUUUUUAUUGUAAUAAUUUACUACACAUUUGUUUAAUUGAAGAAAAAAGCAGAAAUGUGUUGCUUUAUUGUGGGUUUUAUUAAAUCAAUUAAACUUCUCAUUGUUGUCUUAUAAAA